UCUGAGCUACGCUUAUACACACUGAAAGUAUAAAUAAAUAAAAGGAUUUUGAAAGCUUUUACUUGUGAGCAUUUGUUGCUUUUCUCCUUUCUUUUCAGGAGUAUGUGAAUAGAUGUAGCUAUGUAUAUUUACGUGUGUGUGUAUUUUUUCAGGUCAUACGUGAUACAGAUUACCUUAAAGUUUGAAGGAAGAAAAGAAAGAAGAGGAGGUACACAUAUUAAAUAAAGAAGAUGGUCUGCAAUUCUUUUGAUGUCAUCUGUAUUGUUUGGGACAAUAAAAGUGAAUACUGUUUUUGGUACUGAGUGAGGAAGAAAUUUGUUUUGAGUAUUUACAACGACGAAGGAAAGGAACAUGGAUUUGAGAUCUUCUGUUUUCCUUCAUUGUCUUCAAUAUUUUUUAUGGAUAAAUGGAAACUUUGGCACCUGAAAAGUAAUGUUUUAGUUAGUUUUAGUUAUGUAGUUUAGUAAUGAUGUAGUUCAGUGAUAGUUCACCCACUCAACAUCACAGGAAAACCACUAUGAAUCUGACCCCACCUCAGCCAACAACCCUGCUCUACGACCUUCCCAGGGCAUUGGACCUUCAGCGUGAACCUCAAAACAAGAGCAGGUCGGCUCCAGUCAACUUCUUCAACAGCACCUUCUUCUUCCAGGAUAAUGCAGCUUUAGAAUGGAAGCUGUUCCUCACCAUCCAAGAGCCUGGCACCAUUAUCUUGGCUGUCCUGUACUCUAUUUCCUUCCUAGUGGGCUUUUUUGGCAAUGUCAUGUCCCUCAAAGUCCUACUGGGCCAGCAUGGAAGCAUGCGACUGUCUGGUGCUAGCGCCACACGUUGCCUGUUGAUAAACUUAGCGGUGUGCGACCUGGCAGUGGUUUGCGUGUGCAUGCCCGUCACCCUGGGCCACCGCAUUUAUACGCCAUGGGUGUACGGCGACUUUUUGUGCCGGGCGGUGCCCUUCACGCAAGCAGUGUCUGUUUCCGCCAGUGUCCUGAGCAUCACGGUCAUCAGCAUCAGUCGGUACUAUGCAGUUCACUCACCGCUACUGUCCCGAGCCUACUUCACUCGUCGACGCAUCCUCGCCUCUGUCACAAUUGUGUGGCUCGUCUCCUCAGUGAUCUGCAUGCCAGUUGCAAUAGUUACUAGGCGUGAUGAAGUAGCUUUGAUCGAAGGGCUAGCCAUCGUGCUGCCCGUCUGUGGAGAGGUAUGGCCUCAGCCGCGCUUGCGACAGGCGUACAAUGUCCUGCUGUUCAGCGCCCUCUACUGUCUACCUGUUGGGUUUAAUCUCACUUUAGCCUUCCUCACAUGUCGUCGGCUGCGUAGCACUGGUUCUGAGAGUCGGUUCACUGAGUUAGACCCCCGUUCCCAGGCACUUCAUGAAACAAGGCUGCAGGGGCGCAGGCAGAUCGCACGUAUGGUCGCAGCUUUGGUGCUGCUGUUCGCUCUGUCAUGGUUGCCAAUGUAUGUGACUGAUAUUUGGCUGGACCAUGAGUUGCGCCAUCCACCAGAUUGGCUCCUUCAGACCAGACCCUUUGCACAAUGGUUGGGCCUCACCAACUCUUCUCUCAACCCUUUUUGCUACUGCUUCAUUGGUGACCUUCACCGCUCAGCCAAGGCUUUGCGUUUGCGCCUCUGUGGCCCGUCCCCGGCCUCGGCGCUGGCUCUGGCUUCUCUCCCAAAAAUAUUCAACCUGCAGAAUCAAGAUAAGUCUCAAGCGGGUGACGCCAACAACUCAACCAACUCUUGCGGGGGGGGCGUUGGGAACCUUAAUAUGUCGAUGUGGUGGACUCAAUCUCGCACAUGUGAGUCAAUGAGCUUGCCGUACCACUUAAGAAUGACUGAGACAAUUACACUGGAUGCAUAGCAGAUCUGAUGCACUGCCAUGGGCAUUUCUUCUAGAAAACUGGAUU